GGCGGGCGGCCUCCCCGCCCCGCCCCGCCCGGCCCGGCCCGGCCCUGCCCGCUGCGCUCAGCCCCGCACCGCGGCAUGAUCGCGCUGCCGCCCGGCCGCCCGUGACCCCGCGCCCCCCGCCCGACCCCGCACCAGGUGACCAGCAUCCAGCCUUUUAUACCAAUUUCAAAUCCUGGGCUAAACGAUGAUCUGCUGAAAACGGAGAUGCUGGCUCAUGUCUCCCUUCAGCGGCAAUAGCACAUAGAGAUUUUUGUACUGAUGAGGAUCCAAAAUUCAAGAAGCCAGCAAUAAGGCUGCUGAAGCACUGAGAACAUUUCCAGUUUUAUUUAUUCAUCACAGAAAGAGAGGUGGCAGCUUGGAUGAAUUGCUUGCUCUGGAGAAUGUGGUGAAGCAGAGCACGGGUCAAGCCCUGCCCUGGGCAUGCAGCGGUGUGACAUCCUGAUACACGUGUGAUUUACCACAGAAUGCAACAGCUCAGAAUUGCAGGUUGCUGUCAGAAAGCAGGUUUGGUGUUGUGGGCAAGCACCCUUAGAGAUAUCAUUUUCCAGUUGAUGUGAAUGCUUGAUGAGCUGUUGCAGGGGUAGAUAGUUUUCAUGCAAGCUUAUAGAGCAAGAUGGGUGUUCACAGACAAUAUUGUUGGAAAGGCCCUUUGGUAACUGCAAUGAGAUUAAAAAGAGUAUUUGCUCUUUGCUAUCAUUUACCUAUGACAAAAUAAUUUCAAAGACCUGCACACCUGUUACAGUACGGUCAGAAUGGCCCUCCCCACCCUCCAUCAACUGCUUGGAUCUCACAAAGUUUAGGCUUGAUGGGCACAGCCUUUCUUUCUGUUUUUUGAUGCAGCAACAGACUUUUUGGUGGAACAAGUUUAGAGCUGAUCCCUUUUCGGUGAGCCGUGGCUGGACACCAUACCGAAGGAUUCCAAUAGAGAGGUUAGGCAGAUAGCUCUGGUUUUCCACAUCUCUGAACUUUAUGAUCUUUGAAAGUCAUCUUAUGAAAAUAGAGAUUCGGGUUCUGUAGCUGUUAAUGUUUAUCUUCAAGUAUGUGUAAAUCGCUUCCAUUUUAUGUACUUGAAUUUACUUAUGUUAGUCUUUAUUAUUCUUUGAGGAGUAUGGAUGGGACCAUGAACUUUAUCGUUCUCAUUAGGGGGUUUUGUCACAAAGGAUGUUUUGCGGGGAGGAAAAUACGUGAGCUGCAUUUCAGUCUGGGAAUACCUGUGUGUUUAUCCAGGCACUUGGGGAUCCAUGUUUUAUGAGACUAUCACAAAGUUUAGAAAGCUCUCUUGUGCAGCCCGCAAGCACAAGCAGAAAAGAUCCUUUAUAUGAAAAAGUCUCACAACUCAUGAAAACAGGCAUUUCUUUAACGUUUUUUGGCUCAAUCACUGCAUAAAAAGUUUUUAACUAACUUUUCAGAUGGCUGAGCUGCUUAAGGCUCAGAAUGGACCCUUUGUGCUUCCUGUCCCAAUUAGGAAUUAAUUUUUAAUUAUAGCAGCUGAACAUUUUUUGUCAUGAGCGCUUGUAUUAGCCCAAGGCCCCUGCCUGUUCCUUUCACAAUGAAUGGCACUGGUUUGUGUUAUAUUGUCUGUCCUCUGACAUUCUGGGGCAUUGUCUCUGUCUCCAUUAUCUAUGGGUAUGUUGAGUAAGUGUUUGUGGAAAACCUUCUGAAACUUUCAUUAAAACUUGAUGUGAGUUUACUUUUCUCAAUCAUUUAGACAUACUUCAGGAGUACUGAAAUACCACUUACUGCAUAGUUGCUUGCUCAGUGCUUUAGUGUGCUGUUAAAGGUUUUCAGUCGCAUUAGGAACAUUUUGCAGCUCUGGAAAGAAGACCGGCAGCUUGAGUGAUAGCCCUGAUAAAGUAAGAAUGUUACUCCCAGAGCUGAAAAAUGGUGAGUCUUGCCUUUGAAGUCGUCUUUGACAUGGAAAUGUGUAGAGUGUACUUUUCUUUAGAUUUGGACAAAUAGCUCAGGAAAGCCAAAUCUCCACACAGGCUUAUGUGCUUGGUACAGAGAGAACUCCUAUUGAUUUCACUGAGACUUUAUCUGGAAGAAUCUGGCCCUGAACAUUUUUUUCCCUGCAGUCCAACCAAGUUGAAGUCAAAGAACUGCUGACAAUAGGAAGUCUUUUUUGGUGUGUAAUACAUGAAAAAGUACUAUGACUCAAUUAAAACAAACAACAAGGUUAUUGUCUAGGAUCUGUCGCCAAAGCGGCACUCAUUGUAUGCGUAGGUGGAAAUUGCAACGUAUGUUUUGAAUUGCAGUUUAUUAAAGUUGCUUCCUCUUUAUGUCUCCUCUUAGUUCUGGAUUCAGGUGUUGAGCUUCCACUGCUGCAGCAGGUGGUACCGGCAGCAGAGCAGGGGAUUCACCGCUGAAUCUGACACGCUCGCUCCUGGGUGCUGGGCAGAGAGACACUGGGAGCCUAAGUGUAUGCUGGGUGCGUGCAGCGUGGGCUUCGGUAACUCAGAGGGAAAAGAAUGGAAAAGGUCUCAGUGUUCAGCAAGUUUCUGGAAGCUAUGCCCUUCUCAGUUUUCUCAAGCAAUUAAAUCUGCAAUGGUUUCUUGGAGUCUUGCCCACAGCUGUGGACUUGCAGAGCUGGGGCACUGGGGAAGCUCGGUUGUGGCAGCUGGCAUAACGGAGGGCGGCUUUCCCUCCUGUGCCCAUGCUGGAGCUCAGGUGGCACAGCCUGGCCUUCCCCAGUCAGUCCAUCUGGAAGCGAAACCCUAUUUCUACGCUGCAGGGCUGUGACGCAGGGGACAGCCCGGUCAUAGGUAGCCUGCUUUCAUCUGCAUCAGUGAAACUGAUGAAAACUGCAUGGGUUGCGCAGGUUUUGUAGGGCUACCAAACUAGGCUUGCUGGAAUAAUGUCUUCUGUAGGCUGAUUGUAUUUUAUCUGCUCCCUAGAUUGCAAACUAGUGCCAUGACACGUAAUUUUGGUAAUGGUGAUAUGAAAUCAAAAUAACUCCAGUGGCUUUGCAGGGAGGUUUUGGCAUGUUAUGAGUUUAGACUCAACCGUUGCAGAAAACGGGACAAAUUAGUAUGUUAUGAUUUUGUAGUGCUUUUUGUUCAUAUUUCACACUACAGGUAGUGAAGAAAGUAGAUAGGUUUCUGUUUUGCAGCUGUAGAAGCAGCAGUGUGGCGGGGCCAAGUGUCUGCCCAGAGCAGGAGCACAGGGAGCCCACGGCCGGGACCCCACGGGCACUCCUGACUCACGCUCUGCUCUUCCUUUGGGCCACGUUUCCUCACCAGCCUCAGCCCCAAGAAGAUGAAUUUCAAGCAGUUUGUUUGAAAAUACAGUAAACACAGGGACUUCUAAAAAUAUUUGUUUGGAUGCAAAUGGUUUGUUUUUAAUAGCUUUCCAGUUUCUAAAAGCGGGAUGUUUAAGCAACAAUAUCAUUUGUUUGUAUUUCUUAUUUCAGAAUGGUGGUAUUUCUUCCUAUAAAAUCUGUGCUAAGAGCAAGAGAACAAAGUAACCAGUCAUGUUUGGAAAAGUGGCCACACAUGAUACUUUUUUGCCAUACUCCCAAAUAACCAGCAUUCAAAGUAGUUUUUGCAACCAAAAACUUGUGGCAUUUUUGUUUUGUUUUUAACCUUAUGUUACAGGAGACAUCAGUGACUGUAAAGCCUAGCAGGGAAACUGGUCUCCUGAAAUGCCUCAAAUACAGGGAGAAGGUAGUAGCAGAGUUAUUAUUGUGUGUUACAUGGGAACUGACCGAGCAUCUGCACUGACCAAAGUGCUCAACAUUUUGGUCAAUGCAAACAUACAGCAAGAUAAUUACCGAAACAGAAUGUCAGGAUAGUUCAGACAUGAUUCAUGGCAUGUACAAUGUGUGUGAGAAUACACAGAUAAGGUUGGAACAUCAACCUCUUGGGAAUUAGAAGUUACUAAUUCCAGCUCUUAUCAUUUUAUUUCCCCCUUAGUCUAAUCUCAUUUUUCCAGACUUGGUGCCUUGUGCCUGUGUCCGCUUUUAGUCCUCUCCUGGUGAGGUGAUGAAGUGAAGCAGGUUCAUUAUCUGUGCUCUGUAGUGCCAGCCCGGGCAGUGCCAGAAGCUGUGGGGGGAUCCUGGACACAUGCUGAAGAUGAAGUGUUUGACUGCUGAGAUCAAAGGACACAUGCAAAACCACAGUUCCCAGAGGUUUAUAAAUCAGACAGCUCUGGGCAGCUGCUCACGCUGCAGUAAGAAGUGUGUCCCUGGUACACAGGCCAAAUUUUGGGGCACGGGGUUCCGGAAAGUUUAAAAUAAAAAGGCCGCAAUUUUGUAGUGCUCACAGUCCAAUGUUGUUCCCUGAAGCUUGUUUCUAGAAAUGAUUUGAACAGUUGCUGGCUAUAUCCUCAUUUAAAUUUUGUUUUAGAACAGGCAGGUUUUUCCUUAUGGUCAUGCCAGGGCCCCCAACCUCAAAUGCAAAUUUGGCAAAGCUAUAAUCAACAGAAACCAUUACAGAUUAUGUUAGUACCGAGCCAUUUUAGUGCCAGGCUGUGCCUGCUGUCCCUGGCUAGCCGAGACUGCGGCCUCAAGCCUUGGGGCUCUGCAUAGGCCAGUAUUUAAGAGUAUUUAAGAAUACAUCCCUGUGAACCUGGCUGAGAAACUCCCUUAAACUGUCUCAGUGUGUAGGUUCCAUUCAGGCAAAGUAAAGAUGCAAAAUUCUGGAUUUCAGUGCAGCCUCAGACCCUGUGCUGAGAAGCACUUUAGCUUAACUUCAGCUCCUGGCCCAAGGUGGCCAAGGCCAGACAGCAGAGAAUCACUUGGAAAGCAACUUUAUGGUAUUUGUGCAGAGUAGCAAAUGUUUACAGCCCAGGGCAGCAGGUUGAUGAGUUCAGGGUGUGCAGUGCCAUGUCCUGCAUGACACAAAACCCACCGGAGUGCAGCCCCCGCACCCAGAGCCUGCAGCACUUGGGCUCUGCAGGGUCCCCGCUCCCAGCUCACAAGCUCCUUGUGUGUUAAAUAUGUGCUGUGCUCUGUGCCUUUAAUGAAGAUGAAUAUGCAAUAAAUCAUGUAUGGGAACCAACCCAGAGACCUACUUGCAGCACUAUUCCCAAAAGGCAUUUCAUAAUUUAUCCUAACACAUACCGUAUGCUUAAAACAGCCAGUAGGGCAGGCUUUGCCUAACCCAGCACUUUCUCCUUUCAGUACAUCUCUGAUGUGAAAGACCAAGCAGUCCCAGUCUGAGUUGUCUCUUGAGGACAGCCUUGACCCUUCCCAGUGUACUCAGCUGGGCUGCAGUCUUGGCCCCGUGGCCACCAGGCCCCUCACGCCACGGGGAAAGCUCCUUCCCUGUGGAGGGGUGAGGGCCAUCUCCAUAGCAUCUGGGACCUGCCUGGGGUUGGUGCCACGCUCAGGAGGUGGUGGUGCUGAUCCUGCAUCUGAGGAAAGUUGAUGCGAUGUCAAGGAAAUGUGGUUAAAUAUCAGCUGGCUAAUCAUUUAAACAUCUUUUCUAGUCAUCUUAAGAAAUUGCACCAACUUUUUAUCCUUCCCAGUUGUAAACAUGUUGUCUUUCUCCUCCUGCCAAGUUCCUCUUCUCUCUGAUGCAUUAUUCAUACCUUGCCCCUACUGAACCAAUAAAUUCUGGAUGGUAGUUGCCUAUCCAGCACCCAGGCGCUCAAGUUCUGGUCUGUGGUUGUGGUCGUUCCCCUAAAACUACUGGAUGACAGUGAUUGCUUCAACGCAUGGCAACAUGAUUGAAUAACUGCUGCUGGAAGAACAAAAUAGCAAAGGGCUUGACUUCUGGUGAAUAACACCUGUAGCUUGGCAAAUGUAGCUCUUGCAAGUCCUGGUCUCCCGCAUACAGCACACAAAGCAGUUGUGACAGUGCUUGUCUGUCACGUGAGGGUCAGCAAGUGUGGGGUCGGGCCUUUGGGCUUUGCUGGGCAAAGAGGCAGCAGCUGGGACAGAAGCUGGCUGCUGUUGAGGGCUGAUAUCGAGCAUUGCCUGGGGAAGGGCACAGACCAGUCGGCAGCUUUCCUGGCAGCAUGGGACAGGCAGACUGGCCCAUCUCACCAUGGCGGGGAGCGGUGGCAGGAGCUGCUGGCAUCUGCCUGGGUGAGGAAUGGGUGCUAGCGGACCUGCCGCAGGUUAGGUAAAGCAGGGCUGCCCCAUUAUUUCUUUCAGUUUCACUCACUGUGCUUCUCUUAAUCGCAGUGUCUCCACAAGCUGUACCUUGACAGCUGAAGUGGGGCAGAGUGGGAGCGGUGCUCUUCAGCGCUGUAUGGACCCUCUGCUUCUGCUGUGGGCUGGUGUCAACCCACGCAAUUACACUCCGUGAAAUGAAUGAAGUAACUCCGUGAGAAUCUGCUUAAAAAUACCAGCCGUCACCUAGCAAUAGCUGGAGUGUGGGGCUGGGAAGCUGCUAGAAGCCAAAACUGAUUUUGUUCCGGAUUGCACCAGAGGGGCACUUCUCUGAGUAUUAAUAUGGGGGUUUUUUUGUACAGUGUCUUGCAAGAUGCAAGAUGAAUACAGCUUGAUGAGAGGGUGUGUCACACACAUUUUGGACAGGUCAAGUGCGUAAACUUUUAUGUGGCCAAGCAUUUGCCCAUCUGCCUGGGAUCCUUCGAGUGCUGCUGCAAGGCAGGUCACAGAAGCUUAGUGGACAUGAAGCUAUGGGGAGCAGCUCACAGCACCUACUUGCAAAGUGUUAAGCUGGGGCUUGUCCCCAGGGCUUUGCUGGCUGUAUGGUGACAGCUGGCAUGGCCGUGCAGUCCCGGCAGCAAGCGGUGCCAGCCUGGGUAUGCGAUGCCGGGGCUGGGGAGGGCUGGUACGUUGGGCUGCUGUCGCUGGUGGAGGUGGGGAGGCUACAGCUACCGCUGGAAACUGCUCGUCAGCAGCUCUGUGUCCAUUCACACAGAGGCCUUGCUGACGCAGCGCUGGGGGCAGAGGUUCGGCCGCUGCCCAGAGCCCCAGCUGUGCCCCGCGGGCACCAGCACUGCAAAGGUGUUCUCUGCCCAGAACCCCCUGGCUGAUCUCCGAGCAUCCUCCGAGCUGCCAGUGGGCAGGAAGUUAAUGAAAUAAUUUCCUUUAUAUUCGGCAGUGCACGUCACAUGAACUGCCCGAUUUCUAAAACCUACUUGUUCUUCUCUUUAGCUGCACUGGCAAGAGCCGUCAUCACUUCCAGACUGUCCCCACCACUUUCCUUUAUUCCCUCUGAUGAAGGCAAAUUGCUAAGAAGCUCAUUUGCUCCACAGUGCGGCCAUUUCACCAUCAUCCUUUGAUUCAGUCUCUUGAUUUAUUAAGUCUAAUUUGUUUCCAGUUCUCUCUGACUUGGAUCUAUUUAUUCUCCUUAGCUCUUUUAGGUCACAUUAAAUCAUCAUAUCUCUCUCCUAGUUGCCCAUGUAUUAGCUGAUCCCUGCAGUUAGUUUUUCUGCUGGACACACCUUCCUUGUACCUGGAUUUCUCCUUAUUAUCAUAUCUUUGUUUUCCCUUAUCAAGUUUUCUCUAUUUCCUGUUUUUUGUGGGCUUGGUUUCUUAGUUUUUGUUUGUUUGUUUUAUUUAAUUGGCCAACCUUCAGCUCUUUUCAGCAGCAGUGCUUAACAGCCAGUACAACUCUUUUUAAUCCAAGUCCUUUUUAGCUGAAUACCAGAUGAUUUAUCUCAUGUACAGUUUUCUUUUCUCUGGAGACUGAGGAUUAUUAGAAAUACAAGAGAGAAGAAAGAGAAUGAGUUCUGAUUUUAGUUGGAAAAAAUAUCCAAUAUCUAGAAUUCACUAUUUCUUAAAUUAAGUUAGAAUAGUGUUUAACAUAAGUUAGAUUCAACAUUUCAGUUACAAUGUAUUGUUCCAUUAAAUAGCAUUUUGAAUGUGCAAUUAGUAAUGCUGUCUUAGUUUUCAACAGCUGGAAUGUUGAACUCCUUUUUUUCCAUCUCCAUGUUAUAAGAAGAUACAAGAAUCUAGAGUGGAUGGUGUGCUGUCCCAGGGGCUGCUGUGAUUUUGGCUGCAGUGUGACUUUUUAACAUCCCUGUUUUGAUUUGUUUAAAUUAAUGAUUGGCUGAAUCACUUCAUUUUGGUUUGUGUGUGGUCAUAAAUGUGUCUGGCAGUGCUGUGGCUUUGGGUGCAGCAGCGGGGAAGAGUUGGGCUCCAGCCAUGGCCAGGAGGGACUUUUCAGGAUUGCUCUGAGCCACACGGGCCUGCUGUGUCUUUUCUGAGGUCUCAAAGCCACUGCUAAGAAAUAUACUUUCACUCACUGGACAGGCCAGAACGGAAAAGAAGGAAGAGGCAAGAGGGAGAGAAAUACAAAGCAAUUUAAUGUCAUUCUUUUCUGCGUGCAGAUACCAGCAGCACUGGUCCGCCUGGGCUUCUCUACGUUUCUUUCUGGCAUUUUCUCUUUCUUGCUGGUGCAGCAAAGGGAGAAGCAAUGGGGUUUCUCAAGAGGAUUCUGGAAAAUCAUUAUCCCACUUCAUGUCCAAUCUCCAUUUAAAGCUCCUGGUGAAUGUCUUUUUUCCUGAAGUUAAAACAUGUUGUCUGUCAUUGGACAUUGUUGGUUUGUUUACCAUUACUAUGCACAGUACCAUUGCCAUCAUUUGGUAACAUUUGUUUUCUUUUUUUUAGCAAUAAAGAUAAACAUAAGUGGCAGAUAGAUUUUGAUGUCUGAUGUUGGACUGCAAGUCUUCUGCCCUCAUGGAUGGGUUUCCUAGCAUGGGUCGGAGAGGCUCUCUGUAUGUAGGUCUCCCCCUGCUUGGCCAAUUGACCAGGGUGGCAGGAUGCGCACUCUGCUAAUGAGGAGUCAGACUACACGAACAGCAGCCUCUGAAGGGAACAGGGGAUCAGAGCAGCCUGUAUUUGUGGUGCCAGAAACUGCCUGCCAUCAUCUAAAUUCCCCACAUGUCACUUAGAAGAAAUAAAGCAAAUAUAUAACACAAAAAAGACUCCUAAAAAUACAGAGUUAAACCUGUCAAAUGCAACAACCAAAUUAAUUUUUGGUCUUGAAAGCUGCCCCUGCACAGUAAUUUGCAAGAUAGUUUCCAGUCCCGUCUGCUGUUGGGCGCUGCCUCUGUUUCUGUACUGCGAACUUCCAUAGUGCCGUGGCUCAGAUCCACAGAGCUGCUCAGACAUCUAACCAGGGAGGACCUGGGGCACUGUGUGUUUUGGUGUGUGUGAGCCCUCGUGUUUUCUCAAGAGUUUCCACUGCAGGAAACACGGUUCUGUCUUGCCCGACACUCAAUUUGUCUAUACUUUUGGAAAAACCUUACAAAUAGGACCUCUAGAGGCUGUGACAUCAGAAUAUGAAAAAGCACUUAUAAGCCCUUAUUUAAGGGUGGGGCAGAGGAAAGGAAAUGUUGUGAUUUUAAAGCAAUCUGUUGAUAUGUAUUCUUGGGUGUACUGAUGUCAUUCCAGUCAGGUAACUGGCCUCAAAACCUGAACUGGCAGUGGUAUAUGUGUUACAAGGCUUUGAGCAGGACUGUUGCAUGGCAACUGAUUAGCUAACAUUUGUGUUAGUGUAUUUCUUUAAGCAUUUUCUAUAUUUUUCAAUGCUUCACAGAAAAAUUAUUUUUUAAAGCUUACCAUCAGCUAUUGCCAGUCAACUAUAUUUCAUGUGGAAAUGAAAAAGAGGAGGCAAUGCCUUACUGAUGGCAGUGGAACACAUGCAGGUGUAGGAGAGAGACCAGCGCGUGAUGUUCUUCAGCUCAGGCGCCGCUGGUUGCUGCCAGCGCAGGGUCUCCUCUCCCCAGGUUCAACUGAAGGAAUGCUGGGCAUGAGCUUAAAGCUGCAUGGGGCACCUCUAAUUUAUGAGAUACGUUUUUUUCACCAGUAUUUCUAAAAUAAAAGGGAAAAGCAACAAAGGUUUGUUCCAGCAGCUACCUGAGCUGUUCUCUGCUGUACAGGUCUAUCUUCCCUGAUAUGUCUGCUGAGUGUUUGCAAGACAGGCACACAAAAGUCAGAAUUGCAGCUCCUGGUUGUGUGCAUUUUGAUAAUGAAUGCUGCAUUCCUUCACCACCACUGCAGCAAUUCAGGCCUGUUGGCAUGGACACUGUCGAGCUCUGAGCUGGCUGUGUGAAGUCAGGCUUGCAUUGCCAUCAUUUUCACUGAUGGUCUAUUAAUUUGCCAGUGCUGCAGAGGACAGCCUGCCGUCCUCUUGGGGAUCACCAACUAUGUGAGAGGUUUGUGCCAUUUCAUCUGGCAUUGCAGCGUGCAUCCUGGGGACAGCUUUUAGAAGGACAAGAGGCUGAGAGAAGCUUCUGCUGCCUGGCCAAGUAGUGCUUAAAGCAACACCAGGGGCUUGCAAGAAGAAAGGGAGCGGGAGACAGGGGUUAAGAAGUUUUAAUGCUACCCACUCAGCUGCAAAGCUCCAGCCUAACAACUCACGCAGAUUCAUUUACAGGCGUCACCUUGUGCCUUUGGGGACUGUGUUUCCUCCUGAGGAUCAGCUGGGCAAGCAGAGGCACAGCUGUCCCUGAGAAGGUGUCAAACUGAGCAUCUUUCCAUGCGAGUAUGGCCAGUGCAGUGGGAGUCAGCGAUAAAUUCUCAGGAUGGCUGUAUGCUUGCGAUGAAUUGCAGCUGCUGGAGUCUGAAUCCUCCCUGCCGAAUCCCUGGCUCUGCAUGAACUGAAUCCCGACAAUGAUUCCCGUGACCGAGUUUCGCCAGUUCUCGGAGCAGCAGCCGGCGUUCAGGGUGCUGAAGCCCUGGUGGGAUGUGUUCACAGACUAUCUCUCCGUCGCCAUGCUGAUGAUCGGUGUGUUUGGGUGCACGUUACAGGUCAUGCAAGACAAGAUAAUAUGCCUUCCAAAGCGCGUACAGCCUUGCCAGAACCAAUCUAAUAGUUCCAAUGUGUUUAACACAAUCCCAGAUACAACCCCCCUUCCUCCACUCAAGCCAUCCACCCCUCCAGCUACAGUUGAGAUGAAAGGGCUGAAGACUGAUUUGGACCUUCAGCAAUACAGCUUUAUAAAUCAGGUGUGCUACGAACGUGCCCUGCACUGGUAUGCCAAGUACUUCCCUUACCUUGUCCUUAUACACACACUGGUCUUCAUGCUGUGUAGUAACUUCUGGUUCAAAUUCCCUGGAUCAAGCUCCAAAAUUGAACACUUCAUUUCAAUACUCGGGAAAUGUUUCGAUUCUCCCUGGACAACAAGAGCCUUAUCUGAAGUGUCAGGGGAAGACUCUGAAGAGAAAGACAACAGGAAGAACAACAUAAACAAGUCUAAUACUAUCCAGCCAAACGCUGAGGGCACUUUGGUCAAGACACAGUCUUUAAAAUCAAUCCCUGAGAAGUUAGUUGUGGAUAAGGGAACACCUGGGGCACUAGAUAAGAAAGAAGGUGAGCAGGCCAAAGCACUUUUUGAAAAGGUGAAGAAAUUCAGACUGCAUGUUGAAGAGGGCGAUAUACUCUAUGUCAUGUACGUUCGCCAGACUGUACUUAAGGUAAUUAAAUUCCUCAUUAUUAUUGCUUACAACACAGCACUUGUGUCAGAAGUCAAUUUUACAGUAGUCUGUAAUGUUGAUAUUGAAGACAUGACAGGAUAUAAGAAUUUCUGCUGCAAUCACACGAUGGCACAUCUGUUCUCUAAACUUUCUUACUGCUACCUGUGCUUUGUAAGCAUCUACGGCCUCACAUGCCUUUACACGCUGUACUGGUUGUUUUACCGCUCACUGAAAGAAUAUUCUUUUGAAUAUGUUCGGCAAGAGACAGGAAUUGAUGAUAUCCCAGAUGUCAAGAAUGACUUUGCUUUUAUGCUUCAUAUGAUCGAUCAGUAUGAUCCUCUCUAUUCCAAGAGGUUUGCUGUCUUCCUGUCUGAGGUCAGUGAAAACAAGCUGAAACAGCUGAACCUAAACAACGAGUGGACUGCAGAUAAACUGCGACAGAGGCUACAGACAAACUCCCACAGCCAUUUGGAGCUACAGCUUUUCAUGCUCUCUGGACUACCAGACACAGUUUUUGAAAUUACUGAGCUGCAGUCGUUAAAACUUGAAAUAAUUAAUAACGUAAUGAUACCAGCAACCAUUGCACAGUUGGACAAUCUCCAAGAGCUCUCGUUGCACCAGUGCUCUGUGAAGAUCCACAGUGCUGCCUUGGCGUUUCUGAAGGAGAAUCUCAAGAUCUUGAGCGUGAAGUUUGAUGACAUGAGAGAACUUCCACACUGGAUGUAUGGCCUCAGAAAUUUGGAAGAGCUCUAUUUAAUUGGCUCCCUAAGUCACGAUAUUUCCAAAAACAUUACACUGGAGUCCUUUCGGGAACUUAAAAGCCUUAAAGUUCUUUACAUAAAAAGUAAUUUGUCAAAAAUCCCACAAUCUGCCGUUGAUGUUUCAAGUCACCUGCAAAAAUUGUGCAUCUAUAAUGAUGGCACUAAAUUAGUGAUGCUCAACAACCUGAAGAAGAUGGUCAACCUGACACAGUUGGAAUUAGUUCAUUGUGAUUUAGAGCGCAUACCUCAUGCAGUCUUCAGCCUUCUCAGCCUUCAGGAAUUGGAUCUAAAGGAAAACAACCUCAAAUCCAUUGAAGAAAUAGUAAGCUUUCAACAUCUGCGAAAACUGACAAUCCUAAAGCUGUGGUACAACAGCAUAACGUACAUCCCAGAGCAUAUAAAGAAGCUCACUAGUCUCGAGCGGCUUUCCUUCAGCCAUAACAAAAUAGAGGUUCUUCCAUCCCACCUAUUCCUAUGCAACAAAAUCAGAUAUUUGGAUUUGUCUUACAAUGACAUUCGCUUUAUCCCACCUGAAAUAGGAGUUCUGCAGAGUUUACAGUACUUUUCCAUUACUUGCAACAAAGUGGAGAGCGUGCCAGAUGAACUCUACUUUUGCAAAAAACUUAAGACUCUGAAAAUCGGGAAAAAUAACUUGUCAGUCCUUUCACCUAAAAUUGGUAAUUUGGUAUUCCUCUCCCACUUGGAUAUUAAAGGCAAUCACUUUGAAAUCCUCCCACCUGAGCUCGGUGAAUGCCGAGCUCUGAAGCGGACUGGUUUCACUGUAGAGGACACCUUGUUUGAAACUUUGCCUUCUGAUGUCAGGGAACAGAUGAAAGCUGAAUAACUAACGUCUUCUCACUCAGUUUUACAGAAAUAACGCUUCUACCAAAUAUACUGUAGGAAGUGCGUACUCCAAAUAUGCAUUUAGUUUGUUGUCAUUAUUUUUUUUCUUUUUCAAACAAAUCCUUUCUGUACAAACAAAUUUGGAGUAAGGAGUUCAUAUAUUUUUAAAUAAAAAUUUCUUGUAUUUUUUCACUGUUUUAAGGUAUUUUUUAAGUUUGUUUUGCCCUGAGAACAAGGGUGUCUGUAACUUAAUUUUUACUGGUAAAAGUAAAUGGUUUUAUCUGCUGAUUUUUUUUUCCUUUGACUAAUCCCAACAGGGGAACUAUGUUUAAGCUGUAUGCUUUGGGUUACAUAAUUUGUAAUAGAUUAUUAUAUCGUCUUCCUGGUUAUUGUUAAUUCCUUGGGACGUGGUCUUCAACGGGUGGUGCUGCAUGUGUUGAAUGCCUUGUUUCCUCUUUUCUUCAGUGGCAGAAGGUGUUCAACAUCUAACAAGAUCAAAUCUGGGUUGACCAUCCUUUUUUAUUUAUGACGUGGUAUUCUCAGCUGGUCAGAGCAAGUAGAAAAGGUUUAUUGUGUAUUUUAAUGGGUCUGAGGGAGCAUGCAGAACUCCUUCAGAAACUUUUGGCAAGUUUAGUCCAGCUCUCUGUUCACACAUGGCAGGAGGCACUGGCUGCGAGUCCCUCUCUGGUGCAGGAAGGUCCCGGUUCACAGGUGAGUUGCGACCAAAGUGACUCACGUUGAAGAUUUUCCAAGCAGUGCAAAGGGAUUGGGCUGCCCAUUUCCUGCAAACUUGAAUGGAAAGGGUGCAAUGAACUCACUGUGGUGGGAACAACGACUCAGCGAGGUGAAACACUACCUGGAAACAUCCCCCACACGUCCUCCACUAACCCCCAGUCCUGCCAGGGAACAGGUGCCCUCUGCCCCCUCAGGUCAGUCCCCAGCGGGAUGCUCAGCACCUCGCAGGAGUGGGAUCAGAAAAAGUGCAAUCAUGUCUAGUUUGUAAAGCUUCUGACAAGGAAAUAGCAGCUGAAAUGCUCCUUAAUUGAGCUUGGCUAUCCUAUAACAGAGCCCACCACAGGAACAUUUGCAGAUUUGCAAAAAUAAAAUUAAAUGAAUACAUUAACUUCUCAAAAGUCUCAGCCUACCAGAGGAUGGGGAUGAAGGCUAUGUUUUCAUCCCCCAGCUAGUAAUUAAAUCGGAAAUCAUACAGUUGGAAGUCUGCUUUGUAAAACAAUGUAAUAAUCUGUAAUGAUUAUGCAUCAGGUUGGGAACUUUAUUCUCUGAAGCCAUGUUCAGUUUAUUUAAUCCAGCCAUUUGCUUUCUUUUAGGCAAGUUUGGCAGGUCUAUGAUAACUCAUGUGCUGCUCACAAGCUUAUUUAAGCUAAUAAAAAAUAACUAUAUGAUAGUAGAAUAUUUUGCUGGGAGAUAUCUUCAUCCUAUCCAACAACAUGUUUGAAUCAGAUGCAGGCACUGGAUAAAUGCUUUGCAAGGAUAUCUAGGAAUAAGAACUUUCUUUAGGAGGCAAUGCUGUUUAUAAAUUGCAGAGGUUGAGCUGCUGAUUGUUCAAAGCUAUGUAAAAUAAUUGUCUGAUGAUUGUCAAGCUGGUUGCUCUUAAAUGUUUUCUAACUGCUGUUGUGUGUGUUGAGCUACAGUCAAUCUGAAUUCUUGAGCUUGGUACAAAAGCCCACUGGUGUUUUAAAAGUCUGAGUUACAAAGGUGGGGAGGCAAACUGAAAUGAGAAUUUCCUCCUGAAUCCAGAGUGUGCUAUGCAGUCUGGUGUGUGCUAUGCAGUCUGGUAUGUGGGCUUGCCAUAGUACCAAGGCAGAGUUAUUUUUUGUGCUUGGCUAUGUUCUGGAGAAGAUCCGUGUGAUUAAUCAAAAAUGGGUCAGGGAUGAAGGAAUCAAAGCAAGCUUUUUAGAAGGGGUUUGAUUUAGUUCAGUUAAAGACCUCUAACUGUUGUAGCUUUUGCAAGAGCUACUCCUACUCGUGUAUGGAAUGCAGUUAUUGGACAGCUUGGCAGUAUAUAUAUUCUAAAUGUAUUUCACUUUGAUGUAAUGUGAGGGAGACAAAUGUUUCAUUGCUCAUAUUAACCUAAUUAUGUAAACCAAAGUGCUGUUGUCCCUGAUGAAUGUAAACUGUUUAAAAUGUCCAUGUAAUCAGUGGAGCUGUAUAGUUAUUUUACUUAGAUUUGAAAUACAGGAUUACAUUUAAAGUUUUUUAAAAAAAUCUUUAUAUUCCUAGAUGUAGCAUUUUAAAUCCCUAAUUUAUUUUGUGUCUAAUGUUUUUUUCAUGUGUAGUUUGUGGUCUGUUUUCUGAGCAGAAGUUGUGCACACCUCAUACCUGAAGGUUGAAGGCUUGUUCUAUGCCAUUUUUGUAAAUACAUCACUUAGGGGAUGUGGUUUUUUUAUUUGUUAUUGAUUAUACUUAUACCAGUGCAACCCCUCAUGUGGACACAGUUACAUGAGUAUAAAGUGCCUUGUGCUGGUAUAUCUUUAUUCACCUUCUAGAUAGGAAUAAACUAUACUGGUCUAAGCACUUUCACACUAAUAACUGUAUCUUCUCCAAGGGUUUGGUCUGCCGAGACAGCUUAGUCAAUCUAACAGCUCACUGCCACCAAAAAGGGGCAGUUCCCUACCCCUCCUCUGCGCACAUUCCUGCAACGGGUUCUGGCUGCUUCUCUUGUACCUUUACUGGUCUGGUGCUGGUCUGAUCCCUCCAUAGGACAAAUCAACUUUCCCAUCCAGCAGAAAAGUAAGCUGGUUUAAAAAAAAAAAAAAACAAAAAAACAAAUAAAAGGCUGAUUUUCUGCUGGACCAGCUCUCCAAAGGAUCGGAUGGACACCAGGGUGGGACAGGACUCCGCAGCCAGGGUCUGGGCAAGGAGAAGGUGGGACAGGUCACUCUGGAGGUGCUGAGCUGCUGUGUCAGAUCAUCAUCUUGCUGAGCCGCGUGCUUGGAGAGCUGUGCUGGUUUAUCUGCAGCAGGGUUAGGCGGCAUGGCUUUGUGAGCAGAAAACCCUCAGGCUCGCAGUGAAUGAUAAAAUAUCACUUUACUGUUAAUUGCUGAAACUUACUGAAACUCAGGUAGCUGCACUGUUGACUUUUCUAAACUUACUGUCUAGUCUGUGGCGUGUAUUUUCCAAAACCAUAUUUUAGAAAUGCGUCAGCUAAGAGAAGAUUGUUUCCUAAUUCUGUACGACACCCAGGAAAAUAUGUAAAAGUGCCAUAUUUACUCAGUGAUUCAUGUACUGCUCAUAUGUAUAUUCACAUGCAAUGCAUACUAGACUUUUCUGUGACCUAUAGUAUUUGACUUGGAAUGGAUGGAUGUUUUGUGGAUAAUACUUUAGGCAUGGUUUCUAUGAGUUUGUAUAACUACUUACAUUAAUCAGGUGCCUAACAAGUAAGAUAAUUCCAGAAUAUAAGCAAGGCAUUUUACAUUAUAUAAUACAAAUCUUCCUUGGUAACAGAAGCAGAGAUGACAAAGAGUAUAUGAGAAAUAAGCAGACAACCCUAACAGUAUGUUAAGUCUGAAAAGCAAAUCUACUUUGUGAUCAAAAUCUGGAGAUCUGCAUCUCCUCCUGUGUCAAAAUUAGGAUGGAUAUUUGUGUUGACCUCCUGCAUCAAGCCAGCCCUACAACUCUUGCAAAUUCUGAUUGGAAAGCACCCGGUCCAAGUCUUACAUCACAUUUCUGGCACUACCAGUAAUUUGUCUGCUUAAGUGGUGAUCACUCCUGUAAGAAUGCCAAGGAAAAACUUUGAAAUUUGACCAAAUGGACAAACUUCUUAAUUCUGUAGCAAGAAUCUUAAUAUGAUAAUAGACCUGCAUAGUGUUACGUUGCAAUAUAGUACACCCAGAAAAAACAGAAAUAAAAUGCUGUUUUGUAAUAAUGAA